AUGAGCAGUGUACGCAAGGAAGAAAAAAGAGUCGCGAAACGGAGACAAGUUUACAAGCCCAUCUUGGAAAACCCGUUCACAAACGAAGGUAAGUAUUGGCCGCAUGUCAACGAGCAGAAGCUAGUGCUGGAGCUCUUGGAGGAGAAGGUGUUGAAAAAAUGGAAACUACUACACGAAAUGAAGUCUGAGCCCGAGGAACAACUCAGGUCUGUGAUCCUAGGGUUCAACGACAUUGUUCGCAAGCUCAGCGACCGUUCAGAAAACCCACAGAAGUACAUGCUAUUUGUCUGCAAAAAGGAUAACCCAGCAGUUUUGAGCGCGCAGAUCCCGAUUCUCUGCGAAACAUCGGUACACGACGUUCUGCUUGUCCAAUUGCCUCGACUCUCCCUUGCCAAGUUUGACGAUGCGUGCGGUGACAAAGUCCACGAUGGCAUGUGUCUCGUGCAGACAAACCCGCAUUUCCAGGAUCUCGGAAAGCUCGUCGCCAACAACGUUGAGCCCCUCGACAUCCCAUGGCUACACUCGGCCCAGUUCACCAAAACGCCUGUCAAACUCCUCAGAACCACCGCCCCGGUUGUCAAGAAGAACCCUGCAAACAAGACCAAGACCAAGACAUAG